AUGAUGAAAUUAUAUUUAUUAUUUAUUUUCUACAUUAAAAUUAAUUUUACUUCUGGUCAAUUAUGUCAAAAUGAUAUUCCAGACUUUUUUUAUAAUAUUAGUUUUGCUGGACCACUCUUUAAUCAGACAGUUUAUACUAGUCAUUCUGAUCUUUCUGUAGCGACUCCAAAUGAUACAACAGUAUUCCAAUUUACUGUCCGAUCUCGAACAAAUUACGAUCGACCUAGUUAUAUUUCAACAAAUUUUACUAGUCGUAUUCUGAGACAGACAGAAACAAAUAUAGAUGUAACAUCAAGUGAUCCAAGUUUUAUUGUUAAGAAAGACGACAGUCUUAAUGAUACUUACAGUCUUGUUACUAAUACUUCUCCAUUGAAUUAUUCUUUACCUUACAAUCGGUAUUUAUUUGAAUUAAUUGCAAAACAAUAUUUUUCUGAUCGACCACCAGCAGUUUCAACAGCUUUAGUUCAAAUAGAUUUAAAAAAUGAUAAUGUUCAUCGUCCAAGAUUUAUUUCUGAUAAACAAGAAUUUUACAUUAGUGAAACAGCUGAAAUAGGUACACAAUUCGGUACGGUUUAUGCGACUGAUGAUGAUAGAGAUGAAAUUUUCUAUUCGACAACAAGUACACAAUUCUCAAUUGGAUUAUAUACAGGUGUUUUACGACUUGAACAUCCAUUUAGUCCUGGUUUAUUAGUCGAUCAUUUUAAUGAAACAAUCACAAUUAAAGAUUCACCUUGUUUGUUAUCAGAUCCUUUAUGUCAUUCAGAAUCAAUAGUAAUUACAAUUUUUAUAAUAACAGUCAAUAAAAAUUCACCAAGAUUUUUACAAAAUAUAUGCGGUACAAGUAUACAAUUUCCUGAGAAUAAUAUAAGAGAACAAACGAUCGCAUUAUUAUAUGUAUAUGAUGAUGAUCGAGGAGAAAAUGGACAAAUUAAUAUAUUAUUUCCAUCUGAGCAAUCAAGAACAACAGUUAGUGGUUUAAGGAAUACAGCUUAUUCUCAGUUUUAUAUUGAACAAUUGAAUCAAACAGGUGCAACGCGUCAAGCUUUAAUUAAAACAAAUGAAAUAUUUGAUUAUGAUGAACCAGGUACUACACGAGUUUGGUAUUUAUUUAUAUUAGCUAUGGAUAAUGGUAAACCUCAACGACAAGCAUUUUGUAGUUUGCGUAUUGAUUUAAUCGAUAUUAAUGAUAAUCGACCAAAAUUUGCUAUGACAUCUUGGAGUUAUACAAUCUAUCGUUCAUCUUUUCCUACUAUAAAUAAUACAACUCUUUUACGUAUAGUUGCAGAUGAUGCUGAUUCAGGUUUAAAUGGUUUAAUUAAUUAUUAUAUUGGAUCAUUAUAUAUUCCAUAUUUUACAAUAAAUCGUAGAACAGGAUAUAUUGCUUUUCGUAGUGAUAUUUCUGGAAUAGAAGCAUUGGACGCUAGUCGUUUUCCAAUAACAUUUGAUGUGUAUGCACAAGAUUGUGGUACACCACAAUUACUUAGUGAAAAUAAUGCAACAGUAACGAUUUAUUACAAUGACAAUGAUGAUUUACCACCUGCAAGAUGGCUUAAUCCACUUAAUGAAAAUUUUAAUAUUUCGAUUACAGAAAAAUUUUAUGAAAAAUAUCUAAAUCAGCCAGUAUUUGAUAAUAACUCAAGUUUUAAUGGAUCGAUUAUGUAUACUUUAACCUCAGAUACAUCAUCUAUUAUGACUGUUUAUAGUCCAUUUCUAAAUCAGACAAAUAUGCCAUUUCGUGCUAUACCAGUUAUAAAAGAUGGAUCGAUAUUUAGGAGUGGUAUUGCUGUUAUCAAUGGUCUUCAUGCUGAAAUUCAAGAUAAAUAUGUACUUUAUAUUCGUGUUCUUGUUGAUCCGCCAUUAGUGGAUUCAAUAACAAUAAGAUUAAUUGAUGAAAAUGAUCAAAUUCCAACAUUUGAUAUUCGUUCUAUUACUUUGAGUGUUGUUCAAAAUGAACAGGGAAGACGUAUAAUUGCACAAGUUCAAGCAUAUGAUCGUGAUGUUGAUGCUAGAAAUAAUCAUGUUGAAUAUCGUUUAAAUCAACAAUUAAGUGAUAAAGAAACAAAUGAAACUUUUCAUGUUGAAUCCAAUGGUACUAUAUGGACAAAUACAGUAUUUGACGAAACAAAUAUCAAUAAAACAUCCUAUCGAUUAUUUAUCACAGCGUAUAAUACUGUACCAUCAUGGGAUAAUAAUGUAAAUCAUACAGAAGAUUUGCAAAUUGAUGUUCAAGUUAUUCGUAUUAAUGAACAUCUACCAGAAUUUAAUACGAUGAACUCAAUGGUAAAUAUCACAAUAAAUGAAACAACAUCAAGUGGAACUACUAUCGGUAAUUUUUCAAUAGUCGAUAAAGAUAUUGAUACAAAGCUUACUUUGGGGAUAUUAAGUGGAAAUAUUCGUAAUGCUUUCAAAUUUAUUUUAUUAUCAAAUAAUUCAGAUAAUCCAAAUCGUACACAAUAUGAAGCAACAGGAUCACUAGAAGUUAUUGCCCCAUUAGAUUAUACAUCACAAUCAAUUUAUACACUCACUUUAUUCGCAUUUGAUACAAAAAAUACAGUAACACUUAUUGUAAAUAUUACAUUAACUGCACAAAAUACUAAAGCACCUUGUUUCAAACUAAUGCCUGGUUUUACUUCUUUUGAAUAUAAAGUCAAUGAAGAAACUGCAUAUACAGUACUCGAUGGAUCUAUGAUUAAAGCAAUUGAUCCUGACAAUCUAACAGCAACUCUUCAUUAUAAAAUCUAUGAUACUAAUCAUCAAUUAAAUUUAAAUAAUUUAGUUUUGAAUAAAACUGAUGAUUAUAUUACAAUUGGUAUUAAAGCACCGGGUCUUUCUUAUGAUUAUCCAUUUGGUAGUUCAAUAUAUAAUUUUGCAAUUGAAGCAAUUGAUGAGAAUGGAACAGGUGUAUCGAGUUAUGUACCAGUUCGUAUUAAUGUAAUCAAGGCCAAUAAUAAAGCACCCAUACUAAAGAACUUUCCAUGGAUUAUAGAUGAAGGUAUUAAUCCUAUGAUUCCAAUUGAGUUUAUAGAUUAUGAUGAACCAGCAAAUAGAACUUUAUAUGAAGUCAAAACUAUUAAUUCAACGAAUUUUGAAUUCUUACCUCCUACGUUAAGUUCUAACAAAACUUUUACUUUAAUAUAUAAUGGUACUUUAAAUUGUACAACAACUAAGUAUUUACAUGUUACAAUUAAUGCAAGUGUUAUUAAUGGUUCGUUUGCAGUAACAACCAUUCCAAUUAUGGUUCGUGGUAAACCAAAUAAUACAUAUGCAAUAUAUAAUGGUGAUAAAAUAAUAAAAAUUCUUUAUGUAAAUGGUUAUCAAAAUUCUUUACGUAAUAUUAAACUUGGCUCAAUUUAUGUUAGUGAUUCAAAUGAUUGUGUUCGAGAUAAUAGAAUUUAUUCUAUACGAAAUAAUAAUAAUGGACAAAAUUUUAAUGUUUCAGAAGGUUUUUUAACUACAUCAAACGUACUAUAUCCUGGAGUUUCUACAAUAUAUGUUGAUGUGACUAAACUAAGUCUGCCAUCAGCUUUGAGUACAAUUAAACUCGAUGUUCAAAAUAUUGAUAGUGAAUAUAUUCGAGAAGCAUCAACAAUUCGUAUUCAAGGUGAAUAUCCUACAACGUUAAUUGAUCCGACACUUGGUUAUCGUCUUGACAAACUUCGUCAAGCACUUGCAUCAAUAUUAUCAGUUAAAAUUUCUUCAAUAAUUAUACUUUCAUUACGUACCGUAUAUCAAUAUCGAAAUCCGUUUUAUCCACCCAAACCUUUGGAUGUUGAGAAAGCGGAAUCAUUAACUGACGUUAUUUUUUACGUAUCAGAUUCGUAUCGAUAUCAAGUUGAAGAUAAACUCAAUGCGAAUCUUGGUAAAUUUCAAUCAGAUUUUCAAUUUAACGCAACUGCUAGUGGACCAAAUCCUUGUAACAAUUAUUUUUGUCCUAAAAAUACGAUAUGUCGACCCACACGAAUUAUUGGACUAAAUCCUUCUGUUAUCGAUACAGAUCAAGCAUCUUUCGUUGGUAUUAAUAUUCUUGAUUCAGCUGAUUGUGUUAAUUCCAAUUAUACUAUUAGUUUAAUAAAUACAGCACCUAAUUGUGCUAUAUCUGCAUAUAAUAAUUUAUCAUAUUGUCCAUUGGGAUCAGUUUCAUUAUCUAAUGGCCCAGUUGGAUCUUGUUGUGAAGUACUUGGACGAACAUUUGAUGGAAAUGAUGAAGGAUAUGCAAUAUAUGAUAGUUCAACAUUUUCUAAUUUUCCUCCAACACGUUUUUCAUUUGAUUUUCUAUUACAAACUACCAUAUCAAAUGGUUUGAUUUUAUUAUAUGGACAAAAUGUAUCCAAUAUAAAUGAUUUCUUUUGGAUAGCUAUUGAAAUCGUUAACUUUAAAUUAAAAUUUCAUUUUCGAGAAACUAAAUUAUACGCAAAUAAUACUGAAUUAAAUGCAUCAGUAUGGUAUCAUGUUGAAUAUCAGAUUCUUGGUUCAAAUGUCCUUGUGUCAGUUAAUGAUUGUCAAUAUAAUGAAACAGUCAAUACGACCUUGAACACAUAUAAUUCAUCAAUUGUUGAAUUAUAUCUUGGUGGUUUACCGCCUAAUUCAUCUGUAUUAAAUCUCUAUCAAUUACAAUCAUCAGUAAAUCCAUUUAAAGGUUGUAUACGUAAUGUUUUAUCAAAUGGUUAUUAUCUUGAUAUGUCUAAACAUCAUUCAUCAAAUAAUUCUAAUUAUGGGCAAUGUCCUUGUUCAAUUACAAAAUCAUGUACGACCGAAAAAAAUACAAUUAUUAUACCUUGGUAUACAUGGUUAAUUAUUGCACUUGUUUUAUUACUUUUAACAACAAUUAUUGUAAUGACUUUAUUAGCAUUAAUAAGAAAAAAACAACAAUUAACAACUUUAUCUGGAUUGUAUAUAGAUGAUACACGAGAUACUAUUGUUGAUUAUAAAGAAACUGCCGGAGAAGAAGAUUAUUCGGCGUAUAACCUUCGUAUAUUAAAAAAACCAAUUUAUGCUUUGACAGAUGGUAGUAUUAUACUAAAUAAUGAUCAACUAAAUAAUAGCGAUCUAAUAACUUAUGGUCGCCCCUCACUUGGUGAUUAUAUUGAAGAAAAAUUAAAUCAACGAGUUCUAUCACAUGCCAAUGAUACACAAUUACGUUAUCAAUAUGAAGGCGUAGGUUCAAUACCAUCAGAUUUAAGUUCAAUUGAUUCUUUAUCAUUACAAAAUGAUAUUGAUCAGAAUUAUUUGUAUUCACUCGGACCAAAAUUUGCACGAUUAGCAGAUAUAUAUUCUGGAAAUUCUAAUACUAAUGAUGAGCUUUGA